GCAAAUUUGAUAUAGUUAUUUGUUUUCCACUCAGCUGUUGAUAAUAAACAUGCGCUGAUUUAAAAAAUCUAUUGUUGUGCAUCGAUUUUGCCACAGUACGUAGUAUCAUAAGUCUUGAAUUGUAUUCUUCACAGAAAGGGGUUUGUGACCCCGUCCCUUAGUGCCGCCGCAAGAGAGAAAAAGCCGAUGAAAAAAGUGAAACCAAAGAAAGAAAUUGACGUUUGGGGGUUUAUCAUGCAUAAUUUAAUACGAGGUCUGCUAAUAAACAGUCUCAACAACUUCAUCAUGCACUCAGUGGCAGCAAUUGCACAAGCAAUUUAUCGUUCAUUCAAAGUGAUACGCAUCCUUUUUCUGUUCAGUCAAGGAUCAUGUAUCAUUACUCUCAUGCACUAAGAUUGAGCAGUUAUGUCUCUUUCACUGCUUUCUGAUAUUUUUCAGGUUUUUUGUCGCAUUUAUAAGUGAGUUUAGCCCAGACGCCACUUUUUCCUCUUCGGAGACCAGGGCGAUAACAACAUCGGUCACUAAAGACUAUGCCAUCACAUUUCCCGUCGGAAACCUGCAAAAAUGACGGCCGCAUUCACAGGCUCCGGUCACGUAUACGACAGUCAUGCUGCACCCAAGAUAAAGAGGCGACUACUAGCAUCAGAUGAACCUUCAAGACAUCGCCGAGCAGACCAGCAUCAAAGUGACUUCGAUAUCCGCGUGUCCAGAGUGUCUCCUUUGGACGGAGAUUCCAAGGGGUCCAUGCUUGCCUACACGGAACGGAUGCAAUCUAUUGCCAGAAACAGGGGGAUAGCUAUACACAGUGGGGGUAACCCUGGGGGAUCGGACUCCACCCUUGUUGUGAGAGCCAAACACAUCACUCGUCCACGAAAUUUACCAAAAUUAAGCCCCCGCGGACAAGAGACGUUAGACUCAUGGUCUGAGGAGAGCAGACCGAAGAAAGAUGCUCUUAGAGUGAACACGGUGAGUGCCUCGGAUCUCAGGGACCUUGUGGAUCAUAGCCUAUAUACGAAAGGCACGAGGAGAGAAACUGUGAAAUUGGUUGCAAUAAAUGACAAAAUAUCUCAAAUUGAAAGCAGAGAAAACAGUGCUAAACGAUCGACCAAUCCAAAAUCGAUUGGUGGUGACGAUAAACAUAUAAACGAGAAAGCAAGCGAUGAGACUGAUACGCCUUUGACAAUAAAAGGUGACAGCCUGUCUCCUGUUGCCCCGCACUGGAGCGUUUUGGAAAGAAACAAGGCUCAAUCUGUGUCACCAAAUAAUGCCAAGACGCCUAAUUCUAUGUUCGAUGUGGGAAUACCAUCUCAACCAAAAAUUAACGAUAAGGAUUACGGUCGUUUCACUGUUCUAGCAGAGAGACCGAAGAAAGUGAAAAUCAGGAAACCUCCUAAAAGGAUGAAACUCCACCGGAGCAGUUUAGAUUCAAUACCAGAAAAUGAGACAUUAUCGGAUAUAGAAACCUCCAGGCCUCACUCUCAAGUAUCUGUAAAAAUGUCCCCAAUAGUCGACCUCUCAGAGGACCAUUACCCCCCUACCUUGCAAGACCAUAGUAACAAACAUACAGUAAAAUCAGCUUUGUCUUCCAUUCCCGAAGGUACCACCCUACCUCAGCCUCCAAACUCAGGUUUCCGUUCUCUCUACUCUACAAAACUUGAUCAAACUAAGCAAGUUGUGAAUAUAAAAAUCAUCGACUCAGGAGAAAGUACUCUGUCUUUGGAGAACAAUACUGAAGAGAUGUCUCCCAAGUCGGAGGGAGGCUCAUUGUCGUUUCCAAGCUCCGUUGACAUUCAGCGAGAACAGCAAUUGACGAGUCUCAGGUUUAAUCUGUCACAGACAUUCACGAGGAAAAAACCAAAACCGCCAAGUGAAUUGUCAGUUAAGGGUGCUUACUUACGAACGCGUUUUUAUGAACCCAAGUCCAAAAUCAAGCUGCCAACAUUCGCCAAGAAAAAGAAAAGACCAAAAAUCAGAUUUCUAAAAUAAGAAUUGUCAGAACUGACCUAACAGAUUUUUUUUUUGUUAUUUUGUUACCAUGACACAUAUAUUUUGUUACCAUGACACAUAUAUUUUGUUACCAUGACACAAGUAUUUCGUUUCAUUUUGAUGGUUGUGUGUGCGGGUCCUGGAAACCAGCUUUUGAGGGGACCAAAACUUGCUCUGUUCUUCAUUUUUUACCUUUCAAGAGUUGAAUUUUCAAAUGAGGUAGAUUCAUCAUUUGAAAUGUAUUUUCAUAUGAGAGUAAUUGUUAAAUGAAAUAUGAAGAUGAGUUUUUCCCUUAUUUAACAAGUACCAGAUAGCAUGAGUUAAUAUACUGUAUGUGAUUAACUUAUUCCAUUUGAAAAGAUACUAACUAGUGCGCAGUAUACUCAUUGCUAAAAUGCGAUCUGCUGCUGAUUAAGGAUGUACAUGAGAGAAUUCCUUAUGUUAAUAUAUAGAAGAAUGCCAGUACUUAAUGUGAGUAUCACAUAUUUGCACCAAUAAUGGCUGCAAAUUAGCACCAAUAAAACUUGUUGCUGCAUUUUGCUAAGGAUGAUUUAGCUUUUUCAAAUUUGUGCACUGAAUGGUUGCAGAUUGCAUGCAUACGCCAAUAUAUGUGGGUAAUAAGGUAUAGAAUAUAUUGUCUACUGUUUUAAAAUCACCAGAUAAAAAGGAAAUUAUUGUUACGUAGAAGGAAGGUGAAAUCAAACAUUUAUCAUAUUUCGUUGCAACCUCAUAAUGCACAGGUAGGAUCCGUUAUGUUGGAUCCUAGUGCACAGCAUGCACAGCAGUCUCCAGUACGUGAUCUAAUUAUGUUUUUAUGA